AUGCCUCAGCCACAGCAGCAGCAGCAGCAGCAGCAGCAGCAGCAGCAGCAACCUCUGCUCGAGAACAAAGACAACGACAGACUCUCGGAGGAGCUGCCGGUUUGCUCGAAGGCGGUCUCUAUCCCCAAACCCCACGUGCACCUCCCGUCGGUGGGAAAGGUGUCGGUUGAGCAGAAGAAACCUGUGCAGUGGAACACAACGAAUCUGGGGUUGCGACUGGGCGCAGAUGUCACCUCUGCUGCGAGCGCCUCGGUCUUGAUUGCUCCUAUCAUAACUGUUAUUGACCGGUACGUGGAUUCGGAGAGUUAUGAUAUCUUUGGAUUGCAUGGGAGAGCGGACCAAGCGGGCACCCUUCUACGUGACUCAAAACUUGGUCCUAGGGUCUGCUUGUUCAAUGUCCUGCUGGGGCUCUGUCCGGACCGGACGCUGGAAGUAGGUGCCACUAACAGCAAGGACCAGAUCCAUACGGUCACCCGUCCACAUACAUUCAUCUUCUCCAGGCCAUUCCUGCUUAUCUUCGCCUUGUACUUGUCAACCUACACGACAGCCAACGCUGUCGAUACGCUCUACUCGACAGUUGCGUCCAAGCCAGCCUCUACAGUCUCUUCUGGCGCGACCAAGUUCAUUGCGACCUCGUCGGUGAAUAUGAGCGCGUGUGUAUAUAAAGACUCCUGCUUUGCGCGGAUGUUUGGGGCCGCGUCCUCUUCCCCAGGGGCGACCGUCCCCAGACUCUCUUACGCCCUCUUUGCCGUGCGAGAUAGUCUGACGAUCUUUGCGUCUUUCAAUCUGCCGUCCAUCAUCGCGCCACAACUCGCGAACCUGCCUUUGGAGCUGAGGUCGCGGUUUUCUCGCAUUCUCUCCACGGAGUCGGGCAGGAUGAACACGGCCCAGUUUAUGGCGCCGGCUGCCAUCCAAUUGAUAUCGACUCCGAUCCACCUGCUGGGAUUGGAUCUGUACAAUAGACAGGGUCGGUUGGGUUUGAGAACACGAUAUUCUCGGGUCGUGCGGGAUUGGGGCGUCAGUGCUUUUGCUCGGAUGGGAAGGAUCAUUCCCGCAUUUGGCGUUGGUGGUGUCGUCAACGCGAACAUGAGGAGGAAUUUCAUGACGAAAAUCGAAGAGUCAUGA